AUGCUCGGAUUAGAUACCUCAAAUGAAGCACGUGUGGAUAGUUCAGCCCCGCUGAGAAAAGUUGUCAUAUGCUGCACCUCUGUACCAGAAGAAAAACGUACAGCUAUAGCUUCAUAUGCCGAAGAAAUGGGGGCAUUUCAUCAAUUGGAUUUGACUCGUGAUGUAACUCAUCUCAUUGUCGGCAAUUACGAGACCCCAAAGUACAGAUUUGUCGCCAAAAACCGGCCAGAUAUCAUACCAAUGAAUACUAGGUGGAUUGAAGCCCUACGUGAGUUGUGGAUCGCUGAUAAGGAGUUUGACUUAAUGGAUAUACAACGACAAUAUACACUUCCGACAUUUUACUCAUUAAAGUUUAGUAUGACAGGAUGUGAUGAACCUGCUGAACGUCUCGAGAUUGCUGAGUUAGUGAGAGCUAAUGGUGCCACAUAUGACGGAGACUUGACUAAAUCUAUCACGCAUUUGAUCUCGCUCCGGACGGAAGGUGCGAAAUACAAGGCCGCCAAGUCAUGGGGAUUGAAAAUAGUCUCGAUUGAAUGGCUAUAUCAAAGUCUUGAGCGAGGUAUGAUACUCGAAGAGUCACAUUUUGACCCCACCAUGCCAGUAGAGAAGCGAGGAAAGGGAGCCUGGAAUAGAACUCUCAAUCAGGAGAGCUCAGCCAGUAAAAAACCAAGGGCUGAAAAUGUGAUUAGCUCAGAAAGUGGGAAACGGAAAUUGAGAAGAGCAGCGAGUUCGAAAUUGAGCAGCCAACAGCACAAGUUGUGGGCUGAUAUUUCUGGUAGCAACACAAACUUCAAGGGUCCGCCUAAUCUCACAAUCCGAGGUCCGAUUGAAGAUAGCAAUCCAAAAGGUAUUCCAGCCGCCCAAAGUAAAUUACAAGUUCCGCCCUACAGUAAACAAACAAAACAUGAGGACCCAACAGCUAAGAAGGGAAUUUUUACGAACUGUCAAUUUUUGCUUCAUAAUUUUCCCCCUACUAAGAUGGAGAUUUUACAAAACUACUUGAUAACAAACGAUGCAAAAAUCCUUCACGCAGACGCAGAAUUAAACCAAUUACCGAAAGAUGCCGCUCAUAAGCCACCUUGUUGGAGAUCUUUCUUGAUUGUUCCUCAUGAUCUCCCACAGGAAAAGAUUCCAAAGUGCCUUGAUUCAGCGCCAAAUUUUGAAAUUGUUACAUCUUGGUGGGUUGAGCGCUGUCUUCACCACAAAAAGUUUAUGGAACCAUUAGAACAUGUUAUUGGGCGGCCAUUUCCAUUGUUUCCCAUACCGACUAUCGUGGCCAAUGAAAUAACGAUUUGUUCAUCUGCUUUUAGUGGAAUAGACUUAUUACACUUGACAAGAGCGGUCGAACUGAUAGGUGCAACGUACAGCGACUAUAUGACUCCUAAGGCGUCUUUUCUAAUAACAAAUACUAUCAAUGAUGUGCGUAAAGACAAAUUAAACUACGCGCUCAAGUGGAAUAUUCCCGUCGUUAAAGUAGAGUGGUUAUGGGACUCAAUAAAAGCAGGGACUAGCUUACCUAUUGCAGUAUAUACUUGCCUACCAAGACACGUGGAAAAUCCCCAGCCUGAAGCAGAGAAAAAGUAUCAUGCCAUUCACAAACGUACCGUCACGCCUUCAAGAUCACCCGUUAACGCCGUUUCAAACCCUAAAAUAGAUCUCCCAAUAUCCUCUAAAUUGCCAUCCCCACCACCACUGCUCAAUCCAAUUACAGAACAUUCCAUAUGCAAUCAUAAAAGUGUACCUAAAUCUGAGGAAACCCUCAAAAGAGAUGCGGAUAGAGCCAGAGAAAGGCUUGUUUGCUCUUCUCGUCAGGAUGAAGCUGUCAUAGAACAAAAUGAAACGACCUCUGCUCCAAAAGAUAUAUCACACACAGUUCCGCCCCUGGAACGAAUAUUUAACUAUCCUACUGAGGGUAUGAAUAAUGCAAUCUCAUCUCUUCUUGCUAUUUCCAAAAACACGGCCACAAACCCGUCUCUCGAAUCAGCUGACUCUCGUAAACGUCCUCGGAUCCUCGGCAGAGUGACAUCUAAUAAUUCAAAUACUUCUCGCGCCACAUCAGUAGACAGUACGGUUACUCAUGGUAAUCCAGUCGAGUGGCCUACCAUUCCAAUGAAUCAGUCCGGUACCGACAGAAUGGGAUUUUUAAUGAAGGUCGAUCCGACUUGGGCAAGUGGUCCUGAACAGAGUCAACCCCCGAGUACGCAGUUGGGUUACGAAGAUCCAGAUAGUGUUAUGGCUCGAGAGCUUGUUAUGGCACGCAUGAGGGGCGAUAUUAUUGACGUGAAUAAAAUAAGGAAAUUGGAGAAAAGAGAGACAAUUCAAGGCCUGGGCGAAUCAUUGAUUCUGGCACCUCGAAGUCGCAAACGAAUCAGGAGCAGUGGCGCUAACUAA